AUACGAGAGCAACUACCGAAAUAAAUUCUCUUCCGGUCACCUUGAAUUUUGGACAAAAUUUUGGGAUAUGUAUUCCCUACCUAAAUCCGCUGCUAUGCCAGCAGUUUCACAAAUGAUAGGGAAAAUUACAAGACCGAUUCUACCUUCAGCUUCACUGGCACCAGAAGUUGUGUCAUUAAAACCGUCCCAACACGAUAAGAAAUCGUCUUAUACGUUACAUAAGUUGGCACCGAAAUCUGCAGUCAAAAUUUCAAGUAACUGGUGUAGAUCACAACAAGUAAGGUAUUCUCAUACAGAUAUAAAUUUUCCAGACUACUCAUCAUAUAAAAGAGCAGGUUCUAAAGAUGUUAAUGUAUCUCAAGGACAAUCAGAACCACAAAGGAAACUCUUUUCCUAUUUGAUGGUUGGAAGUGGAGCAGUUGCAGGUACAUAUGUGGCUAAAUCCUUUGUACAAGAUUUAAUGGGAAUAAUAGAUGUAUCAGCUGAUAUUUUAGCCUUAGCCAAGGUUGAGGUAGAUCUAGCCGAUGUCCCUAUCGGAGAGAAUCUGACAGUAAAAUGGCGAGGCAAGCCAGUAUUUAUUAGGCAUAGAUCAGAAGAAGAAAUCGCAACAGAAGCCGGUGUUGAUUUAGCAUCAUUAAGAGAUCCCCAACACGACUUGGAUAGAACACAAAAGCCAGAAUGGGCUGUGAUGUUAGGAGUCUGCACACAUUUAGGGUGUGUACCAGUUCCCAUGGCUGGAGAUUAUAAUGGUUAUUUCUGUCCCUGUCAUGGUUCUCAUUAUGAUUUAUCUGGAAGAAUAAGGAAAGGUCCAGCUCCGUUGAACCUUGACAUCCCUGACCAUUCGUUUCCAGAAGGAACAAUGCUGGUUAUUGGUUAAUCAAGGAUUUUAAUAGAACAAUGAUUUUAUUUAUUUCGGUGAAAACAUGUACAAUGGUACCAGUGCCCAGUGGAUGAUAGUUUAUAUGUUCACAUAUUGUAAAGAAAUUUGACAAGUUUUUAUAAGCUUUUGAGUUUUGUCUUGCCUUUCAUGAAAGACCAAGAUUUCAUAUUUCUGAGAAUACCUUCAUAUAUCAUUCCAACUUACAUUUAGGUUAGCAAACAUUUUUAUGGAGAAAAAUACACUUAUAUUAUCAAAGUGACUUAACCUUGACAUUAAAAUCACCCUGGUGUCUUUGUGAUAAUACAUCUUACAAAGUUUUAACCUAGCCCUAUUUAUGUGACUGUCCCAAGUCUGGGCCAACUGUAGCCAACUUCCAAAUGCAGGAUUUUCUCUUUGUUGAAGCCCCAUUAUUAGCCUCAAGCAGUUUUCUGCUCUUGGUUGGGUUGUUGUUUCUUUGACACAUUCCUCAUCUAUAUUCACAAUUUUAUCUAUUAAAUUUAUUCACAUCACAGA